CACUGUGGACCGUUGGAUCAGGAGCGGAUCCCCAUUAGAAGGCUUCCUGACCCUUCGAUUGCCAUAUAAAAGGAAGCGGGCGCCUUCCCCACGUUCCUCUUCUUGAUAGUUCUCGCACUCUGUUCUACCGUCACUACCUCCGCCUUCUUCUCGCCAUGCCUCCGACUCCGAGCGUUCGCUGCGACUCCCCUUCCUUUAAGAUUGCCCUUGCCCUCUCUCUCAUCCGCUUCAACAAGAUUCACCGUCCUUCUCCCUCCUUCUCCUCCGACGCCCAGCGCUGGAAGCGGAAGGCCAAGGACAGGAAGCUCGAGAUCCUUAGGCUCCGGGAAGAGCUCAAGCAACUUGAGGAUGGGAGAACGUGUGAAGCCGAUCUACCAAUUGCAUCAUGCCGGUGCCAUUUCUUUGAUGGGAUCGGUGAGUUGGGAGGAGAUGGUUCGGGACGCGGUGAUGGAGGACAUUGGAUCGAUGAGGUCCUGAGGAGGAGAUUCCUGAGGCUGGUUCGCUGGAAGGAAAGGAGGAAGAAAGUGGACCGACCUCUGAAUCAAAAGCAUUUCCUAUCAUUUGGCAGUGAAAAUGAGAUAGAGCAGCUGGGUACAUCAGUAGAUUUCUUGGUGGAGUUUACAGAUAAUAUCCUAGUGAAAGGGGAAAUUGGCCCUUCUUUUGCUACUUUUUCUCAUCAAGCUAUAGAUUUCAUUUUAGCCUCAUUAAAGAAUUUACUAUCAUCACAAAAGGAUAUCGAGCUCAUUGAAGAUAUUGUCAAUGGGUUGAUUAUGCGUCUAAUCAGAAGAAUGUGUGCCAUCCCUGAAAAUGAUGUAUCAGGCUCAGUGAAUUCUGAUUCAGAUCCUCAAUUUUGUGUUCAACACCUAAUUCGCAAGCUAGGAAAUGAGCCAUUUGUUGGUCAAAGAAUUCUCCUUUCAGUCUCCCAGAAGACUUCAGUAGUGAUUGAUAGCUUACUUCUCAUGGAUCCGUUUGAUGAUUCAUUUCCUUGCCUUCAUGGAAACAUGUUUAUGAUGAUUGAACUUAUGGAGUUUCUGAUAUCAGAUUAUGUCAGAAGCUGGAUAAGCAUUGAAGAUUUUGACGCAAGGCUUCUCGAAGAGUGGGUGAGAUCGGUUAUACAAGCGCGCAAGGCUUCAGAACUCAUGGAGUCUAGGAAUGGGUUAUACAUGCUUUAUAUGGAACGUGUUGUUGGGGAACUGGCAAAGAUACUCUCUCCACUUGCCAGCCAAGGGAAGCUGGAUGUGGACAUCCUAUCUUACAUGUGCUGCUGACAAAUUGGUUGUACUGUUGAUUCCAAAUUUAGUUACUAAAGAUCUUUGCAUUUGACAGCAGAAUGGUGAUCACAACUUUUUAAAGCAUGGAUAAGGUGCAUUAGUUCUUUUUGGCAUUGGUGCUUUUCCUACAAGUCUGCAGUAUUAAUUUCAGGGAAACUACCAGAAGGAAAUUUGCCUGUGAUUUCUUUGCUCAUCAUCAGUCCUGAUUUCUUGUUUGCUCUAUAUAACCUGCAUUACGAUCAGAUAAACAUUGUUGUUCUGUCAAUUAUCUUUUAUCUGUCACCUUGCGGAGGAUUUAAUUUGUGCUAUGGCAUCUCGAGAUCAAGGAUAACUGUAUACUGGUUGCUUGGGAGAUAAUUGAGAAUAACUGGUACAUAGCAGUCAGAUGCAGCAUGGUCCUCGCUCAGACCGGUACAAGCCAGACAAUGAUGACUUGUCAUCCAUCACAUGGUGGAACCUACUUUUCAUGCAGCGUGUGGCUAUGAACCAGUACCUACUAUUGCAGCUAAGAUGUAAGAGCAAUGCCAUACCUUUCGGUGUGAGCGAACAAUUCCAAGGAACCUUUAGGCAAAUUUCGGCAGUAAGAUAAGUAUCGAUCCGAGGAAGUCGAGACAUACAAAUCAAGUAUAGUGUUAUGUGAUUGCACCAACCGCUCGAAUCAACACAAAUCAAGUCUACAACGUGGCACCCAUGUGAAGAAUUCUAACCAUGAUGGCCGAUUGACUGUCCACCGACAUGCAGAAGGACCAGCGACAGGCUUUCAUUUUCCGGUGUUCUUUCCUUUCUGUUGACGCAAUUGAGCUGCCCACCAACUUAUUUCUGUUUUCAGAGUUAUGCUUCACCGACUCUUUUUUUGACUCCCAGGGAAAGAGAGCAAUUCUGACGCUGUUGCUUGUGAACGAGUUUUAGAAUAUCCAUUACAAGAUUGGUACGUUCUUUCUUACUAUGAAUGAAGCAGGCAUAAAUCAAAAUGUUUAGCUUGUGCAUUGUUUGCCCCCCACUUUAUACCGAGCCCUUUUUUUACGCCAUGAGGGCCAUGCCAUCUACAUGCUUGGUCUGACGCAAUGAACCCAAUUCCCUUCUUUUGCGAGUGCUGGUCCUCGGAUUGGGUUGGCAAGCAGCCUGCGAGCACCUAACUUGGUUCUCAGAGUGGAGCUUAGCCACCAGUGCCAGCCAUGCUGCAGAGGACCGAGUUCAGCAGCCGCCACAACUCCUCCGACACCAACCAGUUCAAGGCCUGAAUGCGACUGUGAGGCUGUCUGGUGAUGGUGAUUCCGGAAGGGAAAACAUGCAGUUCGAUACUGUGAAAUCGAGUAGGUACUCGAAGAAAGGCGGCUUUGGAGGCAGAGGGAGGAUUAUUGGCGCGGGCUCGCAGUCGCUCCGUCAACCUCAUCAUAGUCGGAGCAGCUCGCCAUCGACGCUACAGCCGCGCUCUUCUCUAUCGUCCCUUCCCCUCGUCCUUUUUGCCUUGCUUUAACUGCGGCGACUUCUCUAUCGUUAGCGAUGAAAUAAUUGCCGUGGACCUUCAAACAUUGUACUACGUAAGCAUAGUAUGAACUCAUCUAAUCUAUAACUAUGACACCAGUCAUGAUGCUUCAUGCUACCAUUAGAAUAAGAUAGAUAGCCUUCCUUCUUUGAUUUACUUUUUAUAAGACAUCCUCUUGUUUGAUGAUUUUAACUGAACAAAUUCACAAA